AUGAGUUCCUCCGACCACGAUGGCGGCGGCGGCGGUGGCGGCCCGAAGCUUCCUCACGACGUCGCCGUCGAGAUCCUGAAGCGGUUGCCGGCGAGAUCCCUCCUCCGAUUCAGGUGCGUCUCCCGAUCGUGGCGUUCAGCCAUCGACGACCCUCGUUUCGUGGCCCUCCACUGGAGCCACUCCGCCCUCCACGCCUCCAGUCGGCAUCUCGCGUGUCUAGAUUGUGGCGACGACGCCGUCCAGAACCGGUGCUCUCUGUUCCCCAACGUGCCUCUCUCCCACCCUCCUCCCCCGUCGCAAAUCGAAAUCCCGUUCGUUGCUCCUCCCAACCGUUACGCCUUCGUCGGUUCGUGUAACGGUUUGAUCUGCCUUUCGGAGAGUUCCAGUGACGGAACUGAGGGGGCAGUAUAUCUGUGGAAUCUAUUCACCAGGAAGCACAAGCCCGUUCGGCUCCCCCGUCCGGAGCGGCGGCAACCCCUCUCCGUGGGGGGCGCUCAUGUAGUUCUGGGGUUUUGUUUCGACGCUAAGUCUAAUGACUAUCGUGUCGUCAGGAUUAUCCGAUUCGUAGGUGUUCGCCGUCGAAAGAAGCCUCGAGUCGAGGUUUAUUCGCUCCAUACAGAUUCCUGGAAGACUUUGGAAUUGGAAUGUGAGGUUCCUAUUCUCUGUGACAGUGCAGUCUUCUUAAAUGGGAACCUGCACUGGUAUUCUUUCAAUGGAAAGGGGGAUGGAUAUUCUUUCCAUGGAAAGGAAGAUGGAUACGUAUCCAUAGCCUUGUUCAAUGUCGCAGGUGAGGUGUUUGAUGAAAUGGCUAUGCCAGAACAGAUCAGUCUCCAUUUUGUGUUGUCCAUGGCGGUAUUGAAUGACUCACUGGCUGUGUUCUUUAGCAGUGGGGAGGCGAAUUCUGCUUGUUUCCUUUGGGUUAUGAAAGACUACGGUGUGCUUGAGUCUUGGACUAAGCUGUAUACUUUCGAGGUUACUGAACCGGUAACAAGAUUUGAUGGCUUCACGUGGAAUGGCGAGCUUCUUAUGAAAAUAUAUUGCGAAAAACGAGUUUCUUGGAAUCCGAUCACAGGACAGCUCUCAAUUCUUCCAUUGUCAGCGAGAUACGAAUUGGUCCCCAUUGUAGAGAGCCUCUUUCCACUUUAG